CGCGCCGCGCCGGGUGCCUCCCGUCCUCCCUCUGAGACGCGCCGGGCCAGGGACCCUCGGGGCGUCGGCGCCCCAGGCCUUCGCCUCCGCGCUGCGCCUCGUCCCUGCCCCUCCGCGAGGGGACAGGGGCCCGGACAAAGCCCACUUUGUGCGGGGAUCUCGCCGCGCGCGUGGAAUGUGCGCGUCGGCUCGCCCGCCAGCUGUGCGUCUUGGCUCCCGGAGAAGUCGCCCCCCGGCGCCGCCCUUCCACCCGGGGGUCCGGACUCGCGCUCGGCGGCCUGGGCUCCCCGUGGUCCCGCCGUCCCCUGCGGCUCGCGCAAGUGUGAGCGUGCGAGGGGUUUGUAAAGGAAUUUGCUCUCUCCAAAACUGGGACCUGGGAGGUCCGAUCGGCGUGGGCACCUUCCCUUUCCGAGAUAUCGCGACAAAACUGGCCUCAGUUUCCUCCGACGUUCCUCGGUUCUGCCGAGCUAGACUGCUGCCCGUCAUUGUUCUUGCCUGAUGGGGGUGUUUUGUGAAGGCAGCCAACCCGGGGUGUGCUCUCUUUAUGCUGUUAUUCAAACAAAAGGCUUCUAAGGCUGACCUCCGACAACCCACUCCCUGGAUCCCCACUUCAGGUUGAUGCACUGAUUUUUUUUUUUCUUACCAAGUAGUAUUUUAUUAUAAAGGAGCCACGCCCUGGUUUCUUAAAGGCACCCUCACUCUGCUUGGCCAUGUGUUAAAACUGCAGCUGUUGUGUGGGUGGCCUCCUGUUGAGCCACUCAUUUUUCCCGCCUUCUGAUACACGUCUUCUCACCCUCUUCGAGGAUUUAGGGAUGCCAGGGGGAAAGAAGGUGACCACAGGUGGCAGCAGCAAUGCUGCCCCGACUGCCACUGCCACAGUCACCAAUGCUGCCCCUUCUGGGGUCAAGCGUUUGGAGACCAGCGAAGGGGCUUCAGCCCAGAGAGAUGACGAACCAGAGGAGGAAGGGGAAGAGGACCUGAGAGAUGGAGGUGUCCCUUUCUUCGUCAACCGGGGUGGGCUCCCUGUGGAUGAAGCCACCUGGGAAAGGAUGUGGAAGCACGUGGCCAAGAUCCACCCCGAUGGAGAGAAGGUGGCGCAGCGGAUCCGUGGGGUCACGGACCUGCCCAAGAUUCCCAUACCAAGUGUGCCUACUUUCCAGCCGUCUAUGCCAGUCCCGGAGCGCCUGGAAGCCGUGCAGCGCUACAUCAGGGAGCUGCAGUACAAUCACACAGGGACACAGUUCUUUGAAAUUAAGAAGAGCAGACCUCUGACAGGGCUGAUGGACCUGGCCAAGGAAAUGACCAAAGAGGCUCUGCCAAUCAAAUGCCUGGAAGCCGUGAUCCUGGGAAUUUACCUCACCAACAGCAUGCCCACCCUGGAACGCUUCCCCAUCAGCUUCAAGACCUACUUCUCAGGGAACUACUUCCACCACAUUGUGCUGGGGGUGAACUUCGGGGGCCGCUAUGGCGCCCUGGGCAUGAGCCGGCGCGAGGACCUGAUGUACAAGCCGCCGGCCUUCCGCACGCUCAGCGAGCUUGUGCUGGACUAUGAGGCUGCCUACAGCCGCUGCUGGCACGUGCUGAAGAAGGUGAAGCUGGGCCAGUGCGUAUCCCAUGACCCGCAUAGCGUGGAGCAGAUCGAGUGGAAGCACUCGGUCCUGGACGUGGAGCGGCUGGGCCGAGAGGACUUCCGCAAAGAACUGGAGCGCCAUGCCCGAGACAUGCGGCUCAAGAUUGGCAAAGGGACUGGCCCUCCCUCUCCCACCAAGGACCGGAAGAAGGAUGUUUCCUCCCCACAGCGGGCCCAGUCCAGCCCCCACCGCAGGAACAGUCGCAGUGAAAGACGGCCGUCAGGUGAGAAGAAGCCUUCAGAGCCCAAAGCCAUGCCAGACCUCAAUGGGUACCAGAUCCGGGUGUGAGAGUGGAUGCCAGCACCUCCAGCCCCCUACUUCUGGAGGCCAGGACUCAACCUGCUGGAACCAGCUGCACUCACACUUUUGGGCAGGGCUCAAGGGAGCACAGGAAGGGUGUGUGGCAGCUCAGCCUCAUGCUGCUCCCCUCCCACAGAGCCAAACCCCUAACUUUAGGCCAAGAGGCAGUUAGUAUUUUGUUUGGAGUUUUUAGCUCUACCACUGAAGUUUAAGGAGUUUGGGGAAAAAAGACACAUGGAUGUGCUGGUGGCCAGAAGGGCACUGUUUAGAGACCUGAGAGCCAUGGGGCUGAAGGAGGACAGCUUGGUGCUCCUGCCUCAGCGCCUCUCUGGGAUUUGAAUGUGUCCUAUAUGGGACAUUUCAUAGGCCCCUCCAGUCUAUGGGAGGGUCUAGGGGGAGGGGGGAGUAUUUCUCCUGUUGGGCAGAAUGUCCUGGCAAAAUCUUGACCCAGGGAAGGGAAGCAGGGUAGGAAUCACCCCAACAGAGGUCUGUGUAGGUCUUAAUCAGGAGCUUGCUGCAAGGUUCAUCUGCUCAAAAGGAUGGCUCAGGCCCUGGUAGGCCCAUGAGCAGUACCGGGGGAGCCUGUGCUGUAGCCAGGAGGGGACUAGGCUGUAGAAGAGCUGGGAGAGGACCCAGGGUGAGGGGGUCCCUGGCCCCUAACAGAUUCUGCUGGCUCAUCCCACUCUUGCCUAUUGCAGCAGCCCAGGGGCUCCUUACAGAGGGUCUGGGCUUUGCAGAAAACUGGGCAGGAAGGUCAGCAUGACUGGGGAUUGAGCAGACAGGCCAGUUUGGGAGCUGUGGCUGGGCACAGGACGAUGGGGUGAGACACUCAGGCCUGGGUUUCUCCCCUGGCAGUGCCAGGAGUGGGCUCUGCUGCUUCCCCUCCCAGGCCCACCUCUGCCUCAGGCCCACUGCCCUGCUUUAGCAGCCCAUUUAGGCCUGGCUGAUAGUCUGGCCUGCCAUGUUUGGCACUUCGGAGCACUGGCAGGGAGGAGCUUGAACAGAUGGAGUCUUUCACAUUCUGCCCAUCAGGCAAGAGAUCCCUGGUGGGGAAGUGAGGAUGUGGACAGAGGUUGGCAGGGUUGGGGAAGGGUUCUGGGGAUUCAGUUAACAGGGAGGUAUAGGGCAAGGGUGCAGUGUGGCCACCAGAGGGACAGAGCCUGAGAACUGGGGAUGUAAGUGAGAAAGGAUACGGGAGGGGGGCUAGGAUCAGGAUGCCUUUGGGAGGAGUGAGUUCCCUACAGCAUAGAAGGCUACUUGUCAGGAAGUGGGAGAGGAUUCAGAUUGUAGGAGGGCAGCUAGAUGAGGUGGCCAUUAGAGUUUUACUUUACAAAGAAGUUGUCAGUCAGUCAGGGCUGCUGUCAGUAAGGCUACAGAGGGACUGGGGUCCUGGAUAAAGGACCAGAACUAAGACUGUAAACCCAGAUGCCCACAGGACCAGCAGGUGACCAAGAGGCAUGUGGCAGGGCUGGGUGGGGACUAUGGCAUACCCCAUUAAAGGGGCUGCCAUCUCGCUGUUCUAGGCCCUGUGCCCACAGAUUGUCUGGUUUUUCAAAAGCCAGAACUCUGCAUCUGUAUGUGAAAUCUGAGUUUUAAGGGUUGAUAAUUUGUUUUUUAAAAAUGUAAAAACCCAGUAUAGGUAAAAGAAUGCCAGUUUGCAAUCUCUGGUGUGGAGAGCUCAUGCUGGGAGGAGUCCACUUCAAUGCCGUGUGGUGGCAAAUGACUGUUCUGAGCUCCCCGGCUGGGCUGGGCAGUCAAGGGGAGGCCCUGGCAGCUGAGACUCCCUCAGAGUGGCACAGAGAUGGUCCAGCUCUCAGCCUACCCUACCAGGAGAUAGAUGGGCCUGGGAGCAGAGGAAGGAGCAGGGACGCCUUUGCUGAUGAGAGUGCUUGCAGGGAAGGCACCGGAGGCUGGCAGCUCCUCAGACCAGCAGCCCUAGGCCCAGAGCCAGGCCCAGCAGGGCCCGCCCAGAGCCGCCCUGGGAGGCCCACGGGUCAGUCCCUUGUCGUAGCAGGUUCGUCAGUGGGCCCUGGGAAGGUUCCUAACCUGCCCUGAUGCUACACGCUGGCCAGAACAAUUCGAGACAUGAUGACCCCUGAUUCACUGUCCCACCUCACCUUGCGAAGUGGGGAUGGCGGUCCCUGUUCCCAUGUUAACAGAUGGAGAGAUGGCCGCCUUCAGAGCUCCUUUCUGGUUCUGGUUGUAGCUACUUAUCCACAAGCAAGUGAUCCCAGAUGCCUCUGGGAACUUCCAGGAAAUGACAGGGUAUGGGAGGCAGAGAUGUGAGAGGGAGCCAGGAGCCAGAAUCAGUGGACAUGGAGGAAACUGCUCCUGUUCCCAGAGCCCUAGGAACUGCCCUAAGUUCCUGAGCCCAUGGGACAGGGAAGCAGAGUGGAGCUCUAACCCUGCUUACUAUCUGUGGGAGGGAGCCAUCCCUAACUGUAAGCCCCUGGCACUCACCCUUCAUGAGCUGAGACUGCCUGUGGAGACCACCACAGGACACAGUGGUGCUUUUUAAUUUAUUUUUAACUGUUUUGCAUAUGUAGCAAUCCUCCUCCCUUCCUGGGCUGUUUACACAGGCUCUGCUCUCUGGGGCUGGCCUGGCUGCGAGGUAUGUGGGGAGGCAGAGAGGCAGGGACUUUGGGGCCUUAGUCACCAUUCCUUGGUAUCACCUCAUCUCACUUCCUGUGAGGGACAGAGGCCUGGCUGGUGUGAUCUAGCUCCCCCUGAGGACUACUUUUCUAGCUCCUCUUCCCCUGGGUGGGGGCUGCUGGCUGAGGAGGGGUCAAGGUGAGGCCAGAGAAAGCUGCUUGGUAGAGGUGGCCAGGCAGAGGGUAUUGCAGGUCUUCCCAAAGCCUGGCUCCUUGUGCCAAGUGUCAGGGUCAGAAUACUGGGAAGCUGGCUCCAGUGAGCCUUCCCCUCCACCUGACUGCCAGUCCUCUCCCUCCAUGGCCUCGCCGCAUUCACACUCAUCCAUCAUGCCAGCCACCCAUCCUUACAUCAGCACAGCCAAGUGGAAAGCAGCAGCACCUUGGCCCCUGUGGGCAACGAUAAAGCCAAGGGCCAGGGGACCAAAGAGCAGAAAGAGCCCAUAAGUUGGCUGUGUCUGAUCUCUAGCCCUUUUGUUGUCUCUUGCCCCGCUCCUUCAGGCUUAGGCUUGACUUCUGGCUCUGGGAGUCAGUGUAACUCUAGCUGGUAGAGUGCCCAGAGACCUGUGUGCAUGUGCACCUGCCUUUCCUGCCCGGGAUGCAGACUGGCUUAGCUACGGCAGCAUCGCAGACCUGCCCUCUUCUGCCUUGUGUCCCUGGCCUCGCAAUCGGGAUGGCCAUGCUGCAUCCAGCUGCUGAGGUGUAGAGGGCAGGUGUCGUGCUCGGAAGAGGCUGGAGGUCUGCCCGCCAGGUACCACAGCUUCCUACUCACUUCCCCAGGCAGGCAGGACUGUCAUGGUGCUAGCUGCAGGGCCCUCAGUGUGACCCUCUCACCCCUACCAUGGUGCUCCAGGGUCUCAGGAUGCCUUUUUUCAAGUCUGAUGAGAGGAGAGACUUGGGUAUUCUUGGCCAUGGCCUGGUGAUGAUGGACCCCUCCUCCCAGCUUUGUGUUUGGCUACUGUGUUUCCUGGAUGUUGUUCCUGUCCUCCUAUCAGUAUUUGGCCCUCCCUUUCACUCACACUUUGUUUCAUUCCUGUCCUCAUUUUUCCCCUGAAAUGAAUAAAGUCUCUCCUGCUCCAGUUCUGUGGGCGAGACAAAAAUCACAA